AUGGCCUCAAUGCGUACAGCCACUCGCAUUUUUCCUAGUCUGGCGGCGCGGCCGUUCCAGGCGGCUGUCCGGCGGGCGAGCACCAUACCUGGUCGAGGACUACAGCGAGGUGGACGUCGACGUCGGGGUGGCGGAAGUGAAGCGCUGAAGCUGCUCGGCGUCGGCGCCUUCUCUGCCGCGGCAUACUAUGCCUACGACGCCUCUAGCGGCGUGGCAAAGGAGCAGCCAGUACCAAAUGUGGUGAUUCCCAAGGCAGAGGUGGAAUUCGAGCAGGCCGAGAAGGCGCAAGGCAGCUCGCAGAAUCGACAGAUUAAGAGCAGCAUCGAGAAACCGGGGGUGUUCGCGUGGGGAUCAAAUGUCGGGCGGGUGGUGGCGCCAGACUCGAAGGAGACAACGAUCAAGAGGCCGCGGCGCAUUGCCGCCUUGGACGGCCAGCUGCUGCGCGACCUGCAGUUGGACCGCGAUCUCGGGGUGGCAGUGACGGAGAAGGGAGACGUGCUGCAGUGGGGGACGGCCUUCUGGGGCGAAAAGGCAACGGCCACCGAGCUGACGGCGACGAUGACCGGCAAAGACAUUAUCAAGGUGGCACUCUCAAAGGACCGCGUCAUCGCUCUGUCGUCCGGCGGGACGGUGUAUUCGUUGCCGGCUUCGCAGUCAGACCAGCAGCUGGCGGCUAUGUCCAGCGGAACAACAGUCUCGACCUCACAGCCUGCCUGGUGGCGACGGAUCCUCUGGAACUCGGGGUCGACAUCCAUGCCGCCCAGCAGCUUCCGCAUCAUGACGCCCGCACUCUCGUGGGGCGAGCGAGUGGUGGAUGUGCGUGGCGGACUGGAGCACUGCCUGCUGCUGACAUCUGCCGGUCGUGUGUUCUCGGCCGUCUCGAGCCUCGUGUCCUACCCGGCACGGGGACAGCUCGGCCUGCCCGGGGUGACGUGGGAGACGCGUCCCAAGGGACCCCUCGACCAGCCACACGAGGUUCCGGGACUGUGCGGCAUCGCCGUCUCCAAGAUCGCCGCGGGCGACCAUCACUCGCUGGUGCUGUCCAAGGACGGCCGGGUCUUUGCGUUUGGCGACAAUGCGGCCGGCCAGCUGGGUGUCCCGGUGCAGCCCAGUGUCCCGUUCGUGGCCCAGCCGGUGGAGCUGCCGAUGCAGAAGCUGUACGAGGCCGACGGGCUCUCGGAGAAGACACGACUCGCCCGGCCGCCUCGAGUAACGUCGAUCGCUGCCGGUGGCGCGAACUCGUUCUUCACCGUCGAUGCCGAGGCUCUGGUGGACAGUCCCGGUUCUUCUGACGCGGCCAAGCUACAGCGGAAGACAAUUGCAGACACUUGGGCCUGCGGGUCGGGACUCUACGGCAACCUGGGCACGGGCAAGUGGACGCACAUUUCGGCCAACGGCCCCAGCAAGGUCAAGGCACUGUCGGGCCUGGCUGAGUACAGCGAAGCCCGGGGCAAGACGGUGCCCAUCGGGCCAGCCAGCCUGGCCGUCGGUGCGACGCACGCGGGCGCUGUUCUGGGCAACGCCACGCACGUCUCGGCACCGUCCAGCACAGAACCCAGCUGGGGCUCCGAGGUGCUCUGGUGGGGCGGCAACGAAUUCUACCAGCUGGGCACGGGACGACGGAAUAACGAGUGCGAGCCGGUGCACAUCGGCCAGCUGGAAGCCGCGGCAGCAGAGCUGAAGAAGCCGAACGCGGAGAUGACGGGCCAACGCGAGCGGCUGGAACUCCUCCCACGAGCAACAGUGCGGCUGGGCGAAAGAGGUAAGGGUCGGAAGGUCAGCACGCAGCAGCACAUUGUCUGCGGGCGCUUUGUGUCCGCCGUGUACUUGUCGACAUGA